AUGGCGGACCGGGUUCAUCGCGUCACCAUGUUCAAGAUUGCCGACGAGGGGCAGAAGAAGCAGUUGAUUGAGCAGUACAAGAAGCUCGGAGACUCCCAGAAGAAGGACGGCAAGCCGUACAUCCUCUCCAUGGUCGUCGGCCCCGCCGUCGACGACCCCCGCGCCCAGGGCUUCACCAUCGUCGCCAAGACCGAGUUCGCCUCGCUCGAAGACAUGAAGUACUACGACGACGAGUGCGCCGCCCACGGCGCCCUCAAGUCUUUCGUCAAGGAGAACCUCACCGUCGGCGGCGUCAUGUCGGUUUACUUCAAGCCCGAGGCUGUUGCGUCGUUGUAG